ACAUAAAAUGAUUCAAAACCAGCAAGCAGCUUUCGCCGUCGAUAUGCCACAACCCGGUGGCUCCAAGUGCUUCGACGACGACGGCCGAAUCAAACGAACUGGGAGUGUUUGGACGGCGAGUGCGCACAUUAUAACGGCGGUGAUAGGUUCGGGAGUUUUGUCACUAGCGUGGGCAACGGCGCAGCUAGGUUGGCUCGCCGGACCGGUGGUGAUGUUGCUCUUCUCCGUCGUCACUUAUUUCACGUCUACUCUCCUCGCCGCCUGUUACCGCUCCGGCGAUCCAAUCACCGGCAAGAGGAACUACACUUAUAUGGACGCCGUCCGAUCAAAUCUUGGUGGCGUGAAGGUCAAGCUAUGUGGAAUUGUUCAGUAUCUUAAUCUAUUUGGCGUUGCUAUCGGUUACACAAUUGCCUCAGCCAUAAGCAUGAUGGCAAUAAAGAGAUCCAACUGUUUCCACAAGAGUGGAGGGAAAGAUCCAUGUCACAUGAACAGUAAUCCUUACAUGAUAGCUUUUGGAUUAGUCCAGAUUAUAUUCUCUCAGAUUCCAGAUUUUGAUCAACUUUGGUGGCUCUCUAUCCUCGCCGCCGUCAUGUCCUUCACUUAUUCCUCCGCCGGUCUCGCUCUCGGCAUCGCUCAAGUCGUAGGUCCGUUGAUAUGGAGGACAGUGUUUGUGAUCGUAACGACACUUAUCUCAAUGCUUCUACCGUUUUUCAACGACGUUGUGGGUCUGCUCGGUGCACUAGGGUUUUGGCCAUUGACGGUGUAUUUUCCGGUGGAAAUGUACAUUGAGCAGAAGAAGAUACGUCGAUGGAGCACACAAUGGGUCUGCCUUCAAGUCUUCAGCUCAGCUUGUUUGGUAGUUAGCAUUGCUGCAGCUGCUGGGUCCAUUGCUGGAGUUAUUCUCGAUCUCAAGUCCUACAAGCCAUUUCGAAGCAGUUAC